CAUCACGAGUGCUGGACUGCUGGGGCACCUAGCUGACCGAUCUCUGCAUCGGCCAUUCAAGGUCGAGCUAGCUAGCUAGCAAUGGCGCGGUUCAACGGAGCCACUGUUCUCCUCAUCAUCAGCGCCACCGUGUCCGUCUACACCUGCGCCAUCAUCGCCGGCGCCGCACUCGGCCGAACACUGGACAGCACCGCGACGACUAAGCAGACGCCGUCGGACAGGACCCUCCGCGUCAGCGUCAGCUUCAGAGGCCUCGCCGAGGACUUCGCAAAGGAGCUCUGGGGUGGUAAUCACAGGGAAGGACGAUCAGGCAGAGGUCUCGCCGGUGCUGGUGACGGAACUGCGGUACUGUCAUCAUCCCCCGCGAGCGUCUCGCUCUCACCACGAGCCAACAGGGCGGCCGCGGCGGAUCGCGAGUCAGCGCUGCAGCCCAUGCCAGUUGCCAACUACACGCAAGUGAACAGCAGGGCCAGGGAUGACGUCCACACAAGAGCAGCAGCGAGACCGUGGUCCAGGCGCAGCAACUUCUCCGACGAGAUCACUGACGAGAAAAGGCCGGGAGGAAGAGGAGUGAUCAAGGUCGGGCCGUGGGGAGGAUCCGGCGGGGCACCUUUCUACAUGCGCGGCGGCCGCGGCGUGAGCGCCCCUCGCGUGCGCAGUGUCACCCUGCAGUACACCGACGACGCCAUCCAUUCCUUCUCUCAAAGCUCAGACGAGGCCAUGGUGAAGCAGACGCUCCAACGAGCAGAAGGUGGUGGCCAAGGUAGAGCUCGUCUAACGCCCUACGAACAGAUCAACUUUGCAUCGGAUGAGCAGCUCAUCGCAGUCGAGGGGACUUAUGGGCAUUGCAGCUAUGUUCGGGCAGUGGUUGUCACCUCGCUGACGUUCCGUACAGACAAGGGGAGAACAUACGGGCCGUAUGGCAAAGAGACCGGCACUCCCUUCUCCAUCCCGGCCGCGAAUGGAUGCAUCGUAGGCUUCUGGGGACGUUCCGGCUGGCUCCUUGACGCCAUCGGUGUUUACAUCAGGCCGUGCCAAGCUCUCAUGGCAGCUUAAGAAGCAACCACGGUUGUUAUGGUUCCUUAUGAUAUCCACUAGGAGGAAAGGGAAGAAUGUAAUAUACAUACACUGUUUUACCAUCACGCUAUUGUGUGUAGUUGUACUAUGUAAUUUCAGAAAAUAAGCUGCGAGACAUGUGGACGUUUA